AUGGGCAGCCUUCAGUACCAAUCUCUUGAUCCAACAAGGCCGGAGAUACGAGUGCUUGCAAUCCUACCAUCCUUCAAAAAGCUAUCCACAAUCAAAUGCAAGCUCGUUAAGGUUGACCUUGAUCUGUUAGAUGAGGCACCCUUCGCCUUUUACGAAGCUCUUUCGUACACCUGGGGGGAUGCGACGAUUACGGAAUCGAUCACUCUCGACGGUCAUGCCUUCCAAGUCACUCGGAACCUCGCCGCCGUCCUACGACGCUUAAGAGGUAGAACCCGGAAGCGGUACUUAUGGGUCGAUGCGAUCUGCAUUAACCAGACUGAUAUUUCUGAGCGUAAAAAUCAAGUGAUGAAGAUGAAAAUGAUUUACGAGAGGUCAAUACAGGCACUCGUGUGGCUAGGAGAAGAGGCAGAGGGCAGUGGAGCAGCAAUGGAUCUGAUUGAUAAAAUGACGGAUGCAGACACACCCGAUGAAUGGGUCCGCACCUCCCUAGAGAGGGCCGAAGACCUCUGGCAGUGGCAAGCAUUAGGACACAUUUUUGCGAGGCCAUAUUGGCGUCGGGUCUGGAUAAGACAAGAGGUGGCUGUG